AUGGAUCCCCCACGGAAUCGAAAACAGAGACGCGCUGCCGCUGCUUCUGCCUCCAACGCCGACACGUCGUUCGAUCCCUCAUCCAUCCCCCUAGCUCGACCUCCACAGAAUAACCCAGCGAACCACCAGGUGAAUGGGAAAAAAUUAGUGGAUCUGAUCUCGGAAAGACAAAAUGAACUUUUGCACGGAGGAAAAGUAUCCGGGGGUGUCCCUGAGUCGAAGAAGGCUAUCGAGACGAGAUUCGUGACUGUCGAUCCAGUGACGGGCGAUAUCUCUCCUGUCGAUGCGUCAGACAUUGCAGGCAUGAAGAAAACACAGCAGGGCUCUUCGGAGAACAUGCCUUGGAACGAGAAACCGCGACCAGAGGACCACGAAGACGAAGUCGAUGCCGAUGCUGAUACCGAACCCCCUAUCCCGCCGUUUCUCGACACGUUGUUGCUCUCAAUACCCCUGACGGUUCUGCAUCUCACCCUGGCCUAUCUGGCAGCCCAUCAGUAUGCACAAAAUAUCGAAAUGGAUGUUCUCUUGUGGGAAUCCGGAUUGGUCACCUUUCCGAUGCUGACUUUGCUCAUACACCUUGCUCAUGGCCAUAUCAUCUCUUUCAAUCGGGGACAGAAGAAAACCCCGGAAAUCAUCUCGUUCUUCCCGUGGCACUCGGACAAACUGUCGAUGGCCUUCUUCAGAAAGCUCCUUUUCCCUCCGUCCUUGCGAACAACGAUCUUCUUGCCAGCGGCGAUUUUUCUCGGGGCCCGACUCAUGGAAAUGACGAAUGAAGAUACAUACUAUGCUGUCAUGAAGCGUGCACCUGCAAUCGGCACGCUGUGGGUAUGGUGUAUUCUAGAGAUCCCGGUGGGAGCAGCUACUCUAGGGGCAUUGGGACCGAUGAUUUGGGGCGUCUGGUGGAGAGGAUACGGCAUUCUCUGA